GAGGCUAAGCAAAUAACUUAUAACAUAGCUAACAGUCUCAAGGGUAGGGGGGUUGUUAUCGGGGAGAAGACGCCGCCAUGGACGAGGCGGAGGAGAUCCUUCUGAGUUCGCUGCGCAGUUCCGGCGUUUCGCUUCCUUCGGGCCUCUCCGCCUCCUCCUCUUCGAUCAAAGGUCUCUCCCCCGACGCCCUCGUCUCCGUCUGCGCUCAAUCUCUUCGCCUAAUCCGUGGCGCCGCCUCGGCGUCCCUCCCGACCUCGAUCCCGGAUGCCGCCGCGGAGCGGUUCAAGGUUUGCGCGGAUGUUGCCGCGGUCAUCAAGUCGAUCGGAUAUAAAGACGAUCUCAGCUUCCACCAGUUUCUAUAUCCAACAAAUGAGGAAUCGUACAAGUUGCUGAGGUUUUUAGUGGAGAGGCUAUCUGAAUCAAUUUUGAAUACAGGUGCAUCAGAUGAUACAACAACCAGUCAUGCUUCUGACAGCACCUUAGCUAGUGGUGAUAGUUCUAAUGAUACAUCAAAAUUGCUUACAGAGUGGCCUAAUAAAAUGUAUGAGAGUCAAGAUAUACAUGAUUUUCCAUGUACUUCCGGAAGAUCAGACAAAGAAUUACGGGAGAUAUCUGAUAUAGAUGUUACGGAAGUAAACACACAUGGGUUGCUUGGUGCUAGUGCAGUUCCAGGGCCACUGGAAGAGUCAGAUGAUGCAGGAUCGUUAUACGGGCAUCGGAAAUGUGAUAUAGAGAUUCAUUGCAAGGAGGGAAAUGUUGGAUAUGUUUCAGAACAACCAAGGAAUUCCACAGAGGUAUGUGCCAAUAAAGAGGAUACUGUGCAGGAAGAUAGUGAAUGUAUUGUUGAACUUGAACAGACACUGGCUUCUCUCCGGUUGGAAAAAUUGAAGCUAAGAAAUGAGACUGAGUGUUUGAAAGAUCAAGAGAAGUCAUUGAAGGAGAAAACACAGUCUAAAGUCUUCGAAAUUCAGGGUCUAGAAGCUGAGUAUGAGCUCCUAAAAGCAGCUGUGAAAAUGGCAUUUGAUGAUCAACAUUCUAUUGAGCUCUGUUUGAAAGAGCUCAAUGAGCAAGCAGAAGCAAGAAGGGGCAAUCUUGUGAAACUGGAAAUGCAAUGGAAUGCACUAAAAGGAACAGCAGAAGUGAGACCACUAUUGCUUGAGCAGUCGAUGCAUGCUCAAAAACCUGAACUGCAAGAAAGGCUAUUGAAAUUAAAAGAAAUUAAACAAGUGACAGAAGCCACAGUGUCAGAAAUUCACAGAAGGGAGGUUGAACAUGCUGAACUAAUUGUGGAGCUUGAUAAAUUGCCAAAAGUUCCUUCUAGAAAAUAUUACAUUGAUCGUGUGACUGAAAUAACAAAGAACAGCUGGAAACAAGACACUGACCUUCAUCGAAUAUUAAAGGAGAUUCGAGAAGUUCAGCUAGAGAGUAAUUCCAUACAGGAAAGGCUUCACAGGACAUAUGCUGUGGUUGAAGAAACAGUUUUCAGGGAUGCAAAAAAUGAUCCAGUUGGGCGACAGGCAUAUAGGCUUCUAACUAGCAUCCACGAUAUCUUUGAACAAAUCGUGGAGAAGAUUCGUGCAACUGACAAAGCUAGAAAGGAAGGUGCUGAGCAAGAGAAGAAGCUUGCAGCCAUUUCCUCCCGUAAUUUUGACAUUCAGAAACUCCAAGCAGAUCUUGAUUCUAUCAGGAAGGAAAAUGAAUUACUAGAGCAGCAACUUUACCACAAUUAGUCAGCAAACUUUUCAUGUAUCAUGUCAGGUUCACUGUAUGCUCCCUGGUGCUAAUUUGUUUAGUUCCUCUCUGAUGUUGCUCUUAUUUGUAUA